UGUUACCGAAUGAUGGCGCCACACUUGACCAAAACAUUAUCAGCAAUGGCGAACACACCACAAUUCUCAAUGAUCAUUGCCAAUGGUAUUAAAUCACAAGAUCUUCAAAAUAACAAUUUAUUUACAUCUUUAUAGAAACAAAUUGGCUGAACUAGAAAAAUUGAUUUUGUUAUCGUCAGCUGACUGUAUAAUAAUGAAAUCUCAAUCUAUCGAACAAAAAUAAAUGAAAAAAUUUGUUAUCUUCAAAUUGAUUUAUCACUCAAACAAAAACAAUCAAUCAAUUGAUUUUCAGUGUUUAGUGGCCAAUAACUCCCAUUUAUAGAGAUUUUUUGCUCUACAAUACAUUCCAUUGAAUUUGGAUUUUUUUUGUCAUUUUUGAUUCAAAAACUUACGGUCAAAAUCGGUGUAAAAGCUGACAAUGAAGAAAAAGGUAUUAUUGAUGGGAAAAAGCGGUUCGGGUAAGACUAGUAUGCGUUCGAUUAUAUUUGCCAAUUAUAUUGCCCGUGAUACUAGACGUUUAGGAGCGACAAGUAAGUGUUUCGAUGGUUUGUUCGAAUUUUUCGUACUAAUUAAUAUUAAUAUAUUCAUUCUUAUAGUCGAUGUUGAACAUUCACAUGUUCGAUUUUUGGGCAAUUUGGUAUUGAAUCUCUGGGAUUGUGGUGGUCAAGAAGCAUUCAUGGAGAAUUAUUUUGCAUCUCAAAGAGAAAAUAUUUUCCGCAAUGUUGCUGUAUUGAUCUAUGUAUUUGAUGUUGAAUCAAGAGAAUUAGAUAAAGAUAUACGUUAUUAUCAAAGCUGUCUCGAAGGAAUCAUGGAAUAUUCCAAUGAUACAAAAGUUUUUUGUCUCAUACAUAAAAUGGAUCUGAUUUCCGAAGAACAACGUGAUUGCAUUUUUGAAGACCGUGAAAGCGAUCUUAAACGUUUAUCGAAACCAUUACAAUGUACAUGUUUUCGUACAUCAAUCUGGGAUGAGACUCUUUAUAAAGCAUGGUCAAAUAUUGUUCAUUCAUUGAUACCGAAUGUAGAUGAAUUGGAAAAACACUUGAAUAAUUUUGCUGAUAUGAUUGAUGCAGAUGAAGUUCUAUUAUUUGAACGUGCAACGUUUCUGGUCAUUUGUUAUUCUGAACGUCGUAAACAUAAAGAUAUUCAUCGUUUUGAAAAAGUAUCAAACAUUAUCAAACAAUUCAAAUUGAGCUGUACAAAACUUGCAGCUCAAUUUCAGAAUAUGGAAGUGCGUAAUUCACAAUUCGCUGCAUUUAUAGAAAGUUUUACUGCCAAUACAUAUGUCAUGGUCAUAUUGUCAGAUGCAUCGAUUCCUUCUGCAACCACAUUGUACAACAUUCGAAAUUCUCGUAAACAUUUUGAACAAUUAGAAUCGGUUAAAAAUCUAUCAUCACAAUCGAAUUCGUCUUUGUAUAGUUUAUGAUUUUUUCACGGUUAUACCAUGUGUCUUUUCAUUCAUUCAUGGACCAUCAAAUUCUGGACAAAUCUUUCUCUCAGUUAUUGUAAUUUUGUAAAUUUAUCAUCUAAAAUUAUUUUAUUAUUAUUAUUUUUUUUUGUUAUUAAAUUUUCUGUCUUUUUUGAUACAAAAAA